AUGGCCAGCCCACCGCCUGUCCCGGAGGACCAAACCCGCCUCCUUGAGGAGGCAUUGGGGGUGGUGAGGCAACAGUCGGCCAUGAUGCGCAAAUGCUUAGAGACCCCUGGGAAGCUCAUGGAUGCGCUCAAGUGCGGAUCGACUCUAGUAUCCGAAUUGCGAACACCUAGCCUCGGUCCGAAGCAGUAUUACGAACUCUACAUGGCCGUUUUCGAUGCGCUGCGACACCUAUCCGUCUACCUGAAGGAGAAUCACCCGGUGAACCACCUAGCGGACCUGUACGAGCUCGUCCAGUAUGCCGGGAAUAUCGUUCCUCGCUUGUACCUCAUGAUCACCGUCGGGACUGUGUACAUGUCAGUGGAGGAUGCGCCGGUCAAGGAAAUUAUGAAGGAUAUGAUGGAGAUGAGCCGUGGUAUUCAGCACCCGAUUCGGGGUCUGUUUUUGCGAUACUAUCUCUCCGGUCAAGCACGGGACUACUUGCCUUCUGGGACUGGAGAUGGACCGGAGGGAAAUCUGCAGGAUUCGAUCAAUUUCGUUUUGACCAAUUUCGUGGAAAUGAACAAGCUCUGGGUGCGGCUUCAGCACCAGGGCCCAUCACGAGAGCGAGAACGACGGAUACAAGAGAGACGUGAGCUUGAGCUACUCGUGGGUAGCAACGUUGUUCGUCUGAGUCAGUUGGUGGAUCUCGAGGCAUACCAGUCUGGUAUCCUGCAAGCACUUCUGGAACAGGUGGUGCAGUGUCGCGAUGUUCUAGCGCAGGAAUAUCUCCUAGAAGUGAUCACCAAGGUCUUCCCAGAUGAAUUCCACCUCCACACCCUGGACCUCCUUUUGUCCGCUAUCGCCCGACUGAACCCAUACGUCGAUCUCAAGAAAAUUGUCAUUGGGUUAAUGGACCGUCUUUCCACAUACGCGGCGAAGGAAGGAGAGACAGAAUCAGCUGAGCCGGACUCAGAAGCUCGGAAACAGAGCGAAGAGGACGCGGUCGCUCGAUUAUUGGAGAAGCUGGAACUUGACAAGGAGACGAAAAAGCAAGAAUCAAGCGAGACUGCCAAGGGCAAGGCACCUCAAGAGAAUGGGACUGAGGUGCCAAGCAGCAGCGAGGAGCCGAAGACUACAGAGCCUACUAGCGAGAAAGACACGAAGCCUAGCCUUCCUGCGGAGGUCAAGCUUUAUGACAUCUUCUAUGAUCAGGUUGUCAACUUGAUCAAGACCCGUGCAUUGCCAAUCCAAGAUACCAUGGCUCUUCUAGUAUCGCUUGUCAAUCUUGCAUUGAACAUUUACCCCGAUCGGUUGGAAUAUGUUGAUCAGGUCUUGGAUUUUGCGGCCCAAAAGACAGCCGAAUACACUGACCACGCUGAUCUGCACUCAGCACCGACACAGCAACAGAUCCUGCAACUUCUUAACGCCCCCAUCCGUUCUUAUGUCUCGAUUUUUACUGCCCUAGCUUUGCCACACUAUCUGCCACUCCUGACAUCGCAGUCGUAUCCCACUCGGAGAUCUAUUGCAGGUGAGAUUAUCAAGAGUCUGCUCAAAAACAAGAUUGUCAUUUCGAGCCCAGAGAACCUUGACCGAGUUUUACAAACCGCAAGAGUUUUGAUCAAGGAGGGUAUCCAACAAACUGUUGGAUACCCGGGAGUGCAAAAUCAGCGCCGUGGAGGAGAAACGGAUGAGACAGUUGAGGAGCAAGGGUGGCUCGCAAGAUUGGUGCAUUUGAUUCAGGGGCCAGACAAUGAUACUCAGCUUAAGCUCCUUCAGGCAACGCGCAAGGCCUAUGCGGAUGGAAAUGAGCGCAUCCGUUACACCACCCCUGCUAUUGUGACAGCUUCGAUUCGCCUAGCUCGGAAGUUGAAGUCCCGCGAGCACUACGAUGACAACUGGCAGUCGCAAUCAUCCGCUCUAUACCGCUUCCUGCAUCAAUGCGUAAACAACCUGUACCAGCGGGUGAAUCCAGGCUGCGUCGACUUGGCGCUGCGGUUGUUUGUAAUGUGCGGUGAGGUCGCAGACCAGACUGGCUUUGAAGAAGUUAGCUACGAGUUCUUCGCGCAAGCAUUUACCAUCUACGAAGAUUCUAUUAGCGACUCUCGUGCCCAAUUUCAGGCAGUCUGCAUCAUAUCUGGGGCCCUACACGGUGCACGCGGCUUCUCCAAGGAGAACUACGAUACCUUGAUUACCAAAGCCGCACUCCAUGGCAGCAAGCUUCUCAAGAAGCCAGAUCAGUGCCGCGCAGUUUACCUUGCAAGUCACCUAUGGUGGGUUGUUGAGAACCCGCAGCGCGGGGAGGAGGAUCCCAAGAAUCUCUACCGCGAUGGGAAAAGAGUUCUGGAGUGCCUCCAGCGAGCUCUUCGUGUUGCCGACGCCUGCAUGGAUACAGCCGUUUCUGUCGAGCUUUUCGUCGAGAUCCUCAAUCGUUAUGUCUAUUACUUCGACCAGCAAAACGAGACGGUCACCACCAAGUACCUGAAUGGACUUAUUGAGCUCAUCCACUCGAAUCUAUCGAACACCGAGGAUGAGCCCAACCCCAACCUCGAUGGCCCCAAGCGUCAUUUCGAACGUACGCUCGAGUACAUCCGGACCCGAGACUACGAAGGCGUUGUUACCGAGAAGCAGUAG